AUGUUCAAGCUCGCUCGCAGUCGCCCAAUCGCUGCGGCCCUCCGCGCCGCUACAGAGUCCUCCAUCCGCCCUAGCUUGGCUCAGCAGCAGAAGCGUAACCUGUCCAUCCACGAGUACCUGUCCGCGAACCUGCUUAAGUCGUAUGGCGUCGGUGUCCCCAAGGGCGAGGUUGCUCGUACCCCUGAAGAGGCUGAGGCGGUGGCCAAGUCUAUCGGUAACGAUGACUUGGUCAUCAAGGCUCAGGUCCUCGCCGGUGGCCGUGGAAAGGGUCACUUCGACAACGGUCUGAAGGGUGGUGUCCGGGUGAUCUACUCUCCUACCGAAGCCAAGAUGUUCGCCGAGCAGAUGAUCGGCCACAAGCUUAUCACCAAGCAGACUGGUGCUGCUGGUCGCCCUUGCAAUGCUGUGUACAUCGUCGAGCGCAAGUUUGCCCGCCGCGAGUUCUACCUUGCUGUCCUUAUGGACCGUGCUACCCAGAGCCCCGUUAUCGUCGCCUCCUCGCAGGGUGGUAUGGACAUUGAGACUGUCGCCAAGGAGAACCCCGAGGCUAUCAUCACUACCAAGGUCGAUAUCAACGUCGGUGUCACCGAUGAGAUGGCCCGCACCAUCGCCACCGACCUUGGCUUCUCGGAGCAGUGCAUCGAGGAUGCCAAGACCACCAUCCAGAACCUCUACCGUGUCUUCAUGGAGAAGGAUGCUACUCAACUGGAGAUCAACCCUCUCUCCGAGACCUCCGACCACCAGGUCCUCGCCAUGGACGCUAAGCUCGGCUUCGACGAGAACGCUGAGUUCCGUCAGAAGGAGGUCUUCUCGUGGCGCGAUACCACCCAGGAGGAUGCCGAUGAGGUCAAGGCUGCCGAGCACGGCCUGAACUUCAUCAAGCUCGACGGUGACAUUGGCUGCCUGGUCAACGGUGCCGGUCUCGCCAUGGCUACCAUGGAUAUCAUUAAGCUGAACGGUGGAAACCCUGCCAACUUCCUUGACGUUGGUGGUGGUGCGACCCCCGCCGCUAUCAAGAGCGCUUUCGAGCUCAUCACCAGCGAUCCCAAGGUGUCUGCUGUCUUUGUCAACAUCUUCGGUGGUAUCGUCCGCUGUGACGCCAUCGCUCAGGGUCUGAUCAACGUUGUCAACGAGAUGGGCCUGCGCACCCCCAUCAUUGCCCGUCUGCAGGGUACCAACAUGGAGCAAGCUCACAAGCUGAUCAACGAGUCCGGCCUGAAGAUCUUCUCCAUUGAGGACCUCCAGAACGCUGCUGAGAAGUCCGUCCAGUUCUCCAAGGUCGUCAAGAUGGCCCGUGAGAUUGAUGUUGGCGUUGAGUUCACCCUGGGUAUCUAA